UGCCUUCCUGACAUAUUGUGCACGUGAGUCCGCCCUCAAAGCCCAGAAUGCACUGCACGAGCAGAAGACACUACCAGGGAUGAACCGUCCAAUCCAAGUGAAGCCGGCAGACAGCGAGAGCAGAGGGGAAGACAGGAAGCUGUUUGUGGGCAUGCUGGGAAAAGGCGCCUCAUCCAGCCUGGUGGUGAAGUUUGCCGAUUCGGAGAAGGAGCGAGGGCUCCGGCGGAUGCAGCAGGUGGCCUCUCAGUUGGGAGUCAUCAGUCCCAUGACCCUGCACCUUGGGGCUUAUAACGCCUACACACAGGCCCUGAUGCAGCAGCAGGCCCUGGUGGCGCAGUCAGCCUACCUCUCUCCUGUUGCCACGGUGGCUGCGGUUCAGAUGCAGCAGCUCGCCGCCCUCAACCCCAGCAGCAUCAUUGCCACGCCGAUCGCAUCCAUCACCCCCUCCUCAGGUACCAGCACUCCACCCUCCAUGGCAGCCACACCUGUUCCUGCUCUGCCUCCACCAAUCGCAGUGAACAGCUACUCCUCUGUGCCAGCUCCACCUAACGGCCAAUCAGCAACUGAAGCCCUGUACACCAAUGGGGUUCAUGCCUAUCAAGCUCAGAGUCCUGUCCUGGACCCCCUGCAGCAAGCUUAUACAGGCAUGCAGCACUAUACAGCCACCUACCCUGCUGCCUACAGCCUGGUGGGACAACCGUUCCCUCACCAGCCCACGCUGGUGGCUCAGCAGCCGCAGCAGCCACAGCAGCUGCAACAGCGAGAAGGUCCCGAGGGCUGUAACAUCUUCAUCUACCACCUGCCGCAAGAGUUCACCGACUCUGAGAUACUGCAGAUGUUCCUGCCCUUCGGAAACGUCAUCUCUGCAAAGGUCUUUGUGGACCGCGCCACCAACCAGAGUAAAUGCUUCGGUUUUGUGAGUUUUGACAACCCAUCCAGCGCCCAGACUGCCAUCCAGGCCAUGAACGGCUUCCAGAUCGGCAUGAAGAGACUGAAGGUGCAGCUGAAGAGGCCCAAGGAUGCCAACAGGCCUUACUAAAGGAGGAAAACCUAAGAGUUCAAUCAAGAAAACCACUUGGGAUGUCCCAGCCUUUUUUGGUUGUUUGACCAACCGUAUAGCACAGGAGCAACACUUCACUAAAAAGCAGUAUCACGUGUAUGCGCUUACAAAAACAACAACAACAACAACAACAGCAGUUAUAUCAGCAAAAUACAUCAACAGAAUCAGCAUCCGCAAUAUCGGAAGUGCUCCAGAUUUCCUAUCAUUCCACAGCUGGAUUCAUUUAUAUUAUGUACAUACUCUAUUGUCGGAAACAAGCUCUACAUGUUAAGAAAAAGCAUAUCACUGAUGUUAUUCUACUGAACAGGGUUCUAAUGUAUAGUGUGAUUUGUGGUCUAUGGCGUUAACGGAAGGCCAGUCUGCACAGUCGGAGGCAAAAGAAAAUACUAUUCUGUAUGAUUACCAUUGGUAAUAUUGUUAUGUAGAGUUAGUUUUAUUAUUUAUACGUAAAUUAAAAAACAUGGGGUAAUUAAACUGGAAGAGAAAUGGAUUUCCUCUCACUGUACAUACCUUGGUUUUAAAAAUGGAGUUAAAGGACUUCACAAGUUAAAGAUUCUCUGCUGCCACUACUUUUCAAAUUAACAAAGCGGAAGGAAAGGGCUGGGAAUUUUUCUAUCUUGAUUUUUUACGUUUAAUUUAUUUGGUAAUCAAUUUGAUGAUGGGGGUGGGGUGGGGGGGGGGAGAUGUGACAAUUUCUUUUUUAAUUUAAAGAGAAGAGAAAAAAAAAAGAGGAUUCCUGUGGUCUUCAAGACAAUGAACACACUUAUUAUAGAGUUUUUAAUUACAUAAAUGUAACUAUGGAAGUAAAAAAAACAACAUAAUGUUUCUUUAUUUAUUCUCUACAAUCGC